ACACGCACGCACCUACACACACGCACACGCGCGCGCGCACUGCAUUCAGCGCACCGAGCGGACCGGCGUGGAGCAACGCGCGCAGCACGCGGGCGCAGAGCGGAGCGGAUCGAGCGAGAGGAGAGAGCAGCGCGCGGUUCAGCAACGGCAGCGACGAGCGACAUCGGGGGACGACGACGACGACGACUUCCAGCGACCGAUUUGCCACGACGGAUCGAGCAAUGGGAUUCUCUGUGAACAUCGCCAAUUACGAAAAGCAGGAGGAGGUGAAACGGCUGAGACGCAGCCUGCACGUGGAGGAGAAUGACAAUGUCCCCACAGACAACCAGCAGAGGUCGUGCGGGGGCUUCGAGGACAACCGGCCCUUCGUGCACGAGCAGGAGCCGCAUUACGUCAGCGCCCUCGUGAUCCAGCGUGCGUGGCGCGCCCUCGUCAGCCGGCGCGAUGCGGCGCUGGACUCGCCCUGCUCCUCCUCCUCGUCCUCCUCGCACAAGCUGCUGCUGCUCAGCUCCUCCAUCAGCAUGAGCACAGUGUCGGGCGGCACCACCCCAGACUCCGGCGAGGAUGGCAUGGACCUCGGCAGCGACCCCUGCAGCCGCUCCACCUCCGAGUCCGGCUCCAGCAAAGUGACUCCGUGCUCCGACUGCAAGUCCUCGCCCAGCCUCGACCUCGAGACGCUGGCCGACCUGGACGACGACGACGACGACGACGACGACGACGAGGAGGAGGAGGAGGAGGAGGACGACGAAGACGAUGAAGCCGACGGCCGGCGCGGCGGGGGCCUGGCGGUCGCGCGCCGGUUCCCGCGGAGCGUCUUCGAGGAGUGGCGCCAGGCCUCGUUUUUCCAGGGGGGCUCAACGUCGCGCGGCGCGGCGACGCCGACCGAGCUGUCGCGUCCGGCCAACGGCGACGACGGCGGCGACGGCGACGGCGGCGACGGCGACCUGCAGCCGGGCCGCACGCAGGCCGGGCCGCGCGCCGGGAGCGGUCGCCGCUCCACCAGCGCCGCCGCCGCGGCGAUCGUCCCCCCGCCGCUCUCUCCCUCGCUCUCCCCGUCCCCUCCGACAUCUGUGGCCACGACGAGCGAGGAGGGCGACGGCAGCGGCGGCGGCGGCGGCGGCGGCGGCGUCCGCUCGGGAAGGAGCGGCGCCUCCGUGGCGGCCGUGAAGGAGGGCGGCCCGGGAGAGCGGGCAUGGCAGGGGCUCGCGCGGGACGACGACCAGGAUGAUGAUGACGAUGAUGACGAUGAGGAGGAGGAGGAUGAGGAGGAGGAGGAUGAGUCACUGUCGGCAGGGCCGCCCACCAUGGACUGGGAGGCGCUGGAGAGGCACCUGGCCGGGCUGCAGAAGCGCGAGCAGAUCGAGCAGAUCGAGGCUCGGGCCGCCAGAGCGGGCACGGCGGCUGCCACCCUCAGCACCUUCACCUCGGCGCAGAGGAACGAGCGUGAGUCGAUCCGCCAGAAGCUCGCCCUGGGAGGCUUCUUCGACGAUGGCCCCGGCAUCUACACAAACUGCAGCAAGAGCGGGAAGCCGAGCCUCUCGUCCAGGCUGCAGAGCGGCAUGAACCUGCAGAUUUGCUUCGUCAACGACAGCGGCAGCGACAAGGAGAGCGACGCCGACGACAGCAGCAAGACCGACGCGAGCCCCGACACCCCCCUCUCCCCGGUGAGCAAGCAGAGCUCGUCGUAUUCAGAGCGCGACUCUGCCGACUCGGAGGCUGGCACGGACUCGGAGUCGGAGUCCCUCGAUGGGCUCGACUUCUCGGCGUGCCAGCGCAAGCUGCAGGCCGAGGCCAAGCUGGCGCUCGCCAUGGCACGACCGAUGGCGCGCAUGCAGGUGGAGGUGGAGAAGCAGAACCGCAAGAAGUCGCCCGUCGCCGACCUGCUGCCACACUUGCCGCACAUCAGCGAGAGCCUGAUGAAGAGGAGCCUCAAGCCGGCCGACAUGCAGGAGAUGACCCUGGGCCAGCUGCAGGUCAUCGUCAACGAUCUGCACUCCCAGAUCGAGAGCCUGAACGAGGAGCUGGUGCAGCUGCUGCUGGUGAGGGAUGAGCUGCACAUGGAGCAGGAUGCCAUGCUGGUGGACAUCGAGGACCUCACCAGGGCGGUGUGACCGUCGCCGCGACCGCGACCGGCACGACGGCGGCGGGCAGGAGGAGCGAGGCAUGUAAAUAGCAUGUGGAAGGUGAACCGUGGCGUGACGUCCUUACCUAGGCACGGGUUACGGGAAAGCCCUAACACUUAGAUCUAGCGACGAGAGAAAAAAACGAAUAUUCGUAACGAGAGGUCACCCAAUUAACGAUCGCGUAAUUGCACCGCCCGGCGCGUUUGCGCGCGGCAUUCGGCGCGUCCGUUGCGGUUCACGCGCCGGGGCGCCGGACCGGCGUCGCCGCCGCCGCCGCUGCGUCGCCGUCGCGGGGCCCCGGCGAGAACCGCGUUGCCGAGCCUCGCUCGGAUCCGCAUUCGCCCCCGCGGCGCGUCGACGUCACAGAUACUUUUUUUUUCCACCCGGCCCCUCCACCCGCCCCCCCCCCCAACGUGCACCACGCUGUUGUCGUUCGAAACCCCAGCGGUCCGCCGCUUUUCGAUCCCUUCCGCCUCCUGCGCAGGCAGUCGAGACGCCGGUGGCAAGUUUCGUAAAUCCCCUCCACUGCCGCGGGCGCCGCUGUCCACCCAGCCGUGCACAUGGGGUGGUGCGGGGCAGUUUAGUCGCACCGGCAAGGGGUCGCGGCGCGGUCGGGGUGAGUCGUGGCCGCUCCCAACCUCUUCUCCGAAGACGCCUGGCAAGCGUGGAAGGCGAGCGUCGGCCAAAACACCCUCCGGGUGGUGCUCCCCGCUGGGAGCGCCGUCUGGUGGAGGCACCUUCCGGCAGCAGUGGCGUGAGCCAGGGAAUUGCAGGGCCGCACCGUUAGCCGUGCAGUUGUGUCGCGCUCACACGGUACACGCGCACGACGUGUGUGGCCUGGUUUACGUAACAACUAAUGAGAUUUACCAUCUGUUUUGCUUUUAAAGAAUCGCGUUAAAACGUUACGAUUGAUUAACAAAAAAAAUGUAUCGGUGAAUGAUUCUUAAACAUGUUAUUGUAUGAUAAAUGCUACUAUAGUCGGAAUCAAUUGAUUUUCUUUCGUGAAGAUAUUUUUGAGGAAUGUCAUUGUUGUUGCUUUACGGUACAUAUCCAAACAUCU